AGCUGUCUGGCCUUUAGCUCUUCAUCCUUGGUUAAGGAAAUGACCAACCAGUACAGUAUUCUCUUCAAGCAAGAGCAAGCUCACGAUGAUGCCAUUUGGUCAGUUACCUGGGGGACAAACAAAAAGGAAAACAUUGAAACAGUGGUCACAGGCUCCCUGGAUGACCUGGUGAAGGUCUGGAGAUGGCGUGAUGAGAGGCUGGAGCUGCAGUGGAGCCUGGAGGGACAUCAGCUGGGGGUGGUGUCUGUGGACAUCAGCAACACCCUUCCCAUUGCUGCAUCCAGCUCUCUUGAUGCUCAUAUUCGUCUCUGGGACUUGGAAAAUGGCAAACAGAUAAAGUCUAUAGAUGCAGGACCUGUGGACGCCUGGACUUUGGCAUUUUCUCAUGAUUCCCAGUAUCUGGCCACUGGAACUCAUGUGGGGAAAGUGAACAUAUUUGGUGUGGAAAGUGGGAAAAAAGAAUAUUCUUUGGACACUAGAGGAAAAUUCAUCCUUAGCAUUGCCUACAGUCCUGAUGGGAAAUACCUGGCGAGCGGAGCCAUAGACGGCAUCAUCAAUAUUUUCGAUAUUGCAACUGGAAAGCUUCUGCAUACGCUGGAAGGCCAUGCGAUGCCCAUCCGUUCCUUGACCUUUUCCCCCGACUCCCAGCUCCUUGUCACGGCUUCAGAUGAUGGGUACAUCAAGAUCUACGAUGUACAACAUGCCAACUUGGCUGGCACACUGAGUGGCCACGCAUCCUGGGUGCUGAAUGUUGCGUUCUGUCCUGAUGACACUCACUUUGUCUCCAGUUCAUCUGACAAAAGUGUAAAGGUUUGGGAUGUUGGAUCAAGGACCUGUGUUCACACCUUCUUUGAUCACCAGGAUCAGGGAGUCCUGCAUGUGUUGCUUGUUCUGGGUUGUUGCAGUGGUGUUUCAGGGAAAGAUGUUCAGAAUGGGAGCGAGGCCUUCCAAGGCUAGCCUCCAACCUCAAGCUGAGGGUUUGGGGAGUAAAAUAUAAUGGAAGUGGAUCAAAAAUUGUGUCUGUUGGAGAUGACCAGGAAAUUCAUGUCUAUGACUGCCCAAUUUAAACACCAGCAUCUUCGGGGCAGGUGCCAGAGUACACAGGGUUGAUUGUGACAUUCCUUACCUCCUUAGGCACACUUAAAGUACAGCAUAUGUUGUAGAAAUUUUGUAGAUACAAUAUAAAGUUUUUCCUGUACUAUUGGAAAUGUUCCUCAUAUUUUAAUGUAAAUAAAGCAUUCUUAAUGCAAAA